ACACACAAAAAAGAGUCGUGUCCCAGCAGUAGGCUUUUUUUGUGCGAGAGGCCGUGCGGGCUGUGUUUGGUUCCCUUUCCCUUUUUUCCCUCUUCCACCUGGGCUUGCAUUGAUUAAUUACUUUAUUUAUUCUUUCAAGCUUGUUCCCUGCCAGUGUCUGAACUGUACAUCAAACGUAUCUAGACAUUUACCUACCUACGUAUACAUAUCUGUAAACCAGCAAAUAUGGUCUUUUUUCCGCCGGAGUACAUUCCGAAACUGCCGUUCGACCCCCCGGACUCCAUGACCAUUGAGGAGUUCAUUAAAAAUGAAACAUGCGGCCGUCGACCUUUGGCCGAGAGCAGGAAUCCCUUCACCUGUGGCUUGACCGGCAAGACGUACAGCAUCUUACAGGUCCAACAGCGGACCGACUUUCUCUCGAGAGCUCUGGGCAAGAGGAUGGGCUGGUCUCCCAACCAGGACACACCCUGGGAAAAGGUGGUUGGGAUAUUCUCGGCAAACACGAUUGAUUAUCAAACCGUCGCCUACGCGGUGCACAGGCUAAACGGCAUCGUGACGCCGGCCAACGCCGUGUACUCGGUCCCGGAGCUGGCGCACCAGCUCAAGUCGUCGGGGGCCUCGGCCCUCGUGACGUGCGCGCUGCUCCUCGACACGGCGCUGGCCGCCGCCAAGGAGGCCGGCAUAGCCCGGGACAAGAUCUUUGUCAUGUGGAUGCCCGGGCCCGCACCCUCGACGCCCGUGGUCUCGGUCGACGACCUCAUCCGGGAGGGCAGCAGCCUGCCGCAGCUGGAGCGGCUCAGGUGGGCAAGGGGCACCGGCGCACGCCAGACGGCUUUCCUCUGCUACUCGAGCGGCACGUCGGGCCUGCCCAAGGCCGUCAUGAUCUCGCACCGCAACGUCAUCGCCAACGUGCUCCAGUACAACGUCUUUGACGGGCCCAGCCUCGCCAAGAGGGGCGUCACCACGCAGGCCAUCUUGGGGCUCCUGCCGUUUAGCCACAUCUACGCCCUGGUCGUCAUCAACCACGCCGGCACCUGGAGGGGCGAUGAGAUCAUCACCCUGCCCAAGUUUGAGCUGGCCACCUUUCUCGGGGCGAUCCAAAAGUUCAAGAUUUCAAUGCUUUAUCUGGUCCCGCCAAUCAUCAUCCAGAUGGUCAAGAACCACGACAAGCUAAAGCAAUACGAUCUGAGCAGCGUGCACAGCGUCUUCAGCGGCGCGGCCCCCCUGGGCGAGGAGACGGUCGGGAACCUCAACAAGAUCUACCCCGACUGGGUCGUCGUGCAGGGCUACGGCAUGACGGAGACGGCAACGGUGGUGUCCGGCACCAGCGAAGACGACAUCUACACGCGGUCGUCGGGCUCGCUUCUGCCGGGGGUCAAGGCCAAGGUCAUGGAUCCCAACGGCAACGAGGUCACGCAGCUCGACACGCCUGGUGAGCUCUGGGUCCAGUCGCCAUCCGUCACGCUCGGCUAUCUCAACAACGAGAAGGCGACGCACGAGACGUUUGUGUGGGACGAGGACGGUCGCUGGAUCCGGACGGGCGACGAGGUGCUCUUUACGCUGUCGCCGGGUGGUAAUGAGCACCUGGUCAUCCUGGACCGGAUAAAGGAAUUGAUCAAGGUCAAGAGACACCAAGUCGCACCCGCCGAGCUGGAAGCACACCUCCUCGACCACCCAGCCGUCGAGGACUGCAGCGUCAUCCAGAUACCCGACGACCACUCGGGCGAAGUCCCCAAGGCAUUUGUGGUCAAGAACGCCGCCUACAGCAAGGGCAAGUCGGACAAUGACCUGGCCAGGGAGAUUGAGAAGCACGUCGAGGAGCACAAGGCCUCGUACAAGUGGCUGCGUGGAGGCGUCGAGUUCGUCGCCGAGAUCCCAAAGAGCCCGUCGGGCAAGAUCCUGAGGAGGCUGCUGCGGGACAGGGAAAAGGAGAAGAGGCGGAGUCAGGGCUCCAAGUUGUAGGACACUUGCUUGUGUCGAUUCCUCGUUUGUACAUACAAGAUCUGGUAGUCUCGCUCCUCGAGGGUCACGCAACCGAUUUCGAUUUCGUCCAAAUUUUGACUUUUCUUCUUCUUCUUCUCAGUAAAAUAUGUUUCCGUCCUUUCAAUCGGAACUGCCAGAGUUAUUUUUGUAUCAAGUAUUUUCCGCCACUCCACUCUGUUCCCGGUCCACUACCACGUUUGAGAACGGGAACUGAUGCAACAUUGUUUCCGCCGAGGUUCUGGAAUCUGGGCAAGCAUGCAUCUCGCGCGCGCGUGCGCUUUGUGCUCUGGGGGGAAAAUUAAAAAUCGUGCUAAAACCAGUAAAUUACACGGUUCAAGCUGUCGAUUGAGACCUUUGAAAAAAAAAAAAAAAAAAAAAAAGCCGCGCGGUUGUUGGUCAUUGACUUGCAGCUUUCACCUUGGUAAAAUCACAAAGGGAGACGGACAGGGUCCAAGGUUCCACCAACCCAAAACCACAGAGUCGCGAACCCCCCCUACAGCACAUGGGGUUUUGGCUAAAACACGCACCUCUUUAUGGUUAAAACAGACUUCUGCCGAGUGUCACACAAACGCUCAUCUUACAAACCCAGCUUGUUGCACCAGAGCACUCUUUCCCCGAUCUGACUUGAUU